GCUUGCCGUAAAAGCCCCGCAAGGGAGGGCCCCAAUAAAUAGAAGCGACACGCCACCCCUACCAAACCCUACCGCGAGUUCGUCCCCUCUCCUCCUCCCUGCUGCUUUCGCCGAUCGACUUGCCCGCUCGAUUACGCGAACCCCUCGGACCGGUCGGCUCCUCCGAUCGCAGCCCCCGGCGCGCGCUUCGAUCGGUUGCUGGCGUUUGUGGAUGGCCAAGACUUGCUUCAAGAUGGAGCAUGAACUAGAGAAGAGGCAGUCUGAAUCUGCCAGGAUCAGGGAUAAGUACCCAGACAGAAUUCCCGUGAUUGUUGAGAAAGCUGGCAAGACUGAUGUUCCAGAGAUCGAUAAAAAGAAGUACCUUGUCCCUGCUGAUCUCACCGUUGGCCAAUUUAUCUAUGUGGUGAGAAAGAGGAUCAAGUUGAGCCCAGAGAAGGCUAUCUUUGUCUUUGUGAAGAACACUUUGCCACCCACUGCCUCUUUGAUGUCUGCGAUCUACGAGGAGAACAAAGACGAGGACGGCUUCCUCUACAUGACUUACAGUGGCGAGAACACCUUCGGCUCUGCCUAAGCAACCACCCCUGCCACUGUAAAUAAACAAGCGUGAUCAGGCUGCUGCUGCCGUCCUAAACAUGGUGUACAUAGACGUCGUCUCUAGUAUGCUGCCGGAUUGCUUCAUGGCUUAAUGCAUCCUUAGGUUUUAAGUGUUUUUGGAUCAUAAAGUUGGAAUGGCCCGUGGUAGUCAAAUACUAUUUGCUCUGGAUUGAAACAUUUGCUAUUCCACUUUGCCUUUGGGCUCUUCUUCUGUGAUUGGCGUAAUCUGUGUUCAUUA